UCCAAAGGGUCACAGUGCUACACUGUUUAUUUCUCACAUUUAACAAAAUGGCAUUUGUAAUCGAAUGUAAUUCACACUCACUGGUGUCAUUAUUAUAACAGUGAAACUGAUAGGGUCAAUCUUGUCAUCGAGAUACUUUUUUUGUUGCACAUUUAUUUCACUGGUGUUGCCAUGGUGAUUUGUGUCGACUAAACAAAAGGCGAGUGAAGAAGGUGACCUUUGAAUUAUGAUAGUUGCACCUGUUUUGUGGUAGGUUCUCAUAUUAUUAGAAAUAUUUAAUCGACAAUGCAACAAAAUCAUUAUCUUGUUAAACUUUUAUGCCUACUAUAGAUACACCAGACCUAGAAGAGGCAUGUAUAAAGUGGAUUUGCCGGUGGACAACUCCUCGGAUGUGGCAGUGGAACGCCGACGGGCCGCAGAGGCUGCGCGCCAGGCUCGCAUUUUCAACACCAGACACCGAGUGAUGGGUCUGGAUCUCAAAGCACUGGAGCAACAGGUGGCGGAGAACAAAGAACGGGAGGAGAUGGUGGGUCAGCGAGAGAGGGCUUUCGACAUGUUGAGAAUGACUCAAGAUGAAGUGAUGAUGAAACAGCAGCAGGAGGAAGAGGAGAAGAGAGCAGAGUUAAACAGAGACCUCAUCCAGUACCGGGCCAUCCGACAGCGGGCAGAAGACACCCGGGAUGCUGAUCUCAAUGUUCACCUGCAGGGGGCGCUCGGGUUGUCCAUUCCCAUCCCAGAGUCUGAGCUGGGACCUGCCAGUAUGCAAGUGUUCCAGGGAGAAGGCAUUGGGGCCAAUGACAAGAGGAGAGCUCAGAUGGAGCAGACAGAGAGAGCACUACGAGCACAGAGAGAACAGAGUGAGAAACUGCAGAAGGAGAAUAAACUCAAAGAGCUACUGAAAGGCAAGGAGCUGGUACAGCAGGACCUGAGGGCUGUUCAGUUAGACGCUCUGGAAGAAGAGUGUAAGAGGGCUGGCCGCAUCGCUCUCAACAACUACAACCAUGCUCAGGCUAAGGAGUGUGUAGAGAAAGAGAGGAAGGAGCGCAUGAGGAAGGAGGGCAAGGAGAUGGCAGAGGUGUGGCACAUGGUGACAUCAGACAUCCUAACGGAAUGUCCCAAGGCUGCAGAGAGACAAGUAGACGGAGGCCCGAUGGGCGGGCCCAGGGUGCUGACGGACAGGUGGAGGGGGAUGAGCCCCGUUCAGCUGAGCGCCAUCCGCAGGCAGAGAGAGGAACAGCGCCUAGAGGGAAAGAGGCUGAGGGAGAUUGAGAGGCAGAGAGACGCUGCCUGGGACUUCCAGCGCAUGGUGCAGACCCGAGAGGAUGACGAGGAGGAGAGGAAAGCGAUGGAGCUGAAGAAGGAGAAAAGGAUGGAGAUGGACCGAUACAAUGAACAGCUGGCCAGAGAGCAGCGCGAACAUCAGCAGUUCCUGUCCAAGACGCUGUACACCAACAGACCCACGGCCCAGUACUUUACUCAGUUCAGCAGCAGCUCACGCUGAGAUGACCAACACAAACUCACCGCACAAUACUGGAUCUCAGAUUUAGACGACGUUCACAACACAACAAGCAAAUAAAGUUGAUGAUAUAGUCAUACUUGACAUGUUUUUUUGGUCUUUUUAUACCUACAAUUUAGUCACUAGGUCAAAUGUUGCAGUCUUCUGCAACUUAUCUCACGAGUUGUAUUUUCAGUAUAUAAUGGACACCGUGACUGUCUAUCUAGCUGUUCUUUUAUGUUUCAUGCACAGUAGGGAUUCAUAUCUAAUUUCUCUGAUCUUUUGAGGAUAAAACGUGCACGUCACCAUCUUUAGACAUUGAAGCUAUGAGUGAUUCUAAUGAUGACACAACGAGGGCGCCUCUUUUGGUUCCGAUUAGUCCAAGGUUCUUUAUUUAAUUCACUGUCACAUAUUUAGUUACAAGUGGCUGAUUCAUAAUGCAGAUCGUUACAAUGUCAUUGGACCCAUAACAUAUAGUACAACACCACUCCACACAGUGACCCCCUCCCUAACCAAUCAACCCGCUCCACUUCCGUCUCAACCAAUUAGCAGGAUCACACGAGCCCGGUCACAGAUCUGGUUGUGCUGUCUUGCCAACUCCUAUGACUUUAGCAUGAUAUUGACCAUAGGAGUUGGGCAUACAGCACAAACAGAUCUGGGAUCAGACUACCAAUACACUACAGUACCCUCCAAUCCCCCAGUUCCAUUGUGCUAAUGGGACCCCAAACACACCACACAGAGGGACUCGGUCUCCCCUCAGUCAGUGAAAUACACAGUAUCCGUCCCCUCCCUCCAUCCCACCCUCCUAUCCCUCCACCACGACUGUAAAUUCAUACAUUUCGUAUCCUAAUGAAGCUGAUGCUGUCAUUCUCUUCUGUAUGCAAUUAAAAUUCACUUUUCAUUUUGAA